AUGACACAGCUUCAGCACAUGGAUGCUCGCCUUAAUAUACUCUCUACUGAGUUGUAUCAGGUGAACACCUAUGUCAGCCGUAUUGCUAGACAGCAGGCUCGCCUUGGUGGUUUUGUGGAGUCUCCCUCUCCUCCUCUUGAGGCACCUGAGGCAUCCGAGGACGAUGACGACUCUAACGAUGAUGAUGAUGGUGAGGAUGGAGAUGCUAGCUCUUCUAGCUCUAACGAGAUGGGAGAACCCCUAGUGAUAGAGGAUGAAGAUGUGAGAUCUUUCUAUAAAGACCAUUUUGACGAUGAUGUGGACUACUAUGAUGGAGGCAUAGAGGAUGAUGUAGAAGCUAAAGGUGGAGACAUAGAGGACGAUGUAGAAGUUGAGGUCGAGACAUAG